UAAUGAUCUCUGUUUGUAUUGGAAAUCUUAGUAUUCUGUCCUUAAUUCACACUCCUAGUUUAUGUAAUCUAAAAUUGAAUUACUCUGAAACAGUGUGCUGAGGAAGGGGAUGUAACUCACCUUUUUGUGUAAUGUCACAAUCACUCUAUCUUUCUUAGGCCUAUUUCCUCUUUCUCUCAGUAGACUUUAUGUUUGAGUGUGUGUGUGAACAUUUAUUACAGUUUUGCACUCAGCUUAUCAAGGAAGUACACUAAGUUAUUUUAGUCUUCACUCAGGCUCUCUCUCUCUCUGGGCCACACCCAUCUCUCUCUCUCUUCCUCCCACCACAUUGGCGGUGUCUCUCACACCCCCCGCGCUCUCCAUUAGCAGUCACUGUACAACAGGGUUUAGUGUAAGCUCGGCAGAUAGAUGGAUGAGAAAGAGGAGUGGAAACAUGGAUGGAUAGUUUUUCUCCUAUUUUUCCAGCAUUUCUAAAGGAAGAAGGCGAGGAGCUGGACUAGUGGGUGACCAUCAGAAGCUGGACUAUCAUCUUAUUCUAGCUUUUGGUGGAGGCAACCCAAUUAUCAUGGAUACCAUCUCAUGUCGCAUGGAUAUUAAAACAUCAUUUGAACUGAUAUCUGACCUUUAACCUUUAAGACAAUGUUUGGAAAAUGUUCUUUACCUAAGCAUUUCUUAUCAGAUUUUUAGUACCUUCCAUAUUGCACUGCACUACAAGACAUGAUGGAUUUCUUCUUCCCACGACAUUUCUGCCGUCGCCAAAAAAGACAGAAGCAUCCCACUGCAGUGCAUCAGUCUAGUCCUGCUGUUCAGAGCAGUAAAGCCAGGAGGCGCUCUAGUGUUGGUCUGCCCUCUGUAGCAUUAGUACAGUCCAGACGCUCCUCCGUUGGUUUACCUCCAGUUUGUACUGACCAACGUAGGCGCCCCAGUAUUGGCUUACUGGUGGCCAGUGGACAGAAGCGACAGUCCAUUAUAGAGCUAGGAUUAACAAACACAAGUGAAGCAGUGGGAGAAUCUGGAACAGGAGCUGAGAGAGCAGAUGUAGUCAUCAAGAGAGGAAGAAGGGCAUUUCAGUAUAAACCUCACCAUGCUCAUGGUGCUUCUGGUACCGUCCCCUGCGUACAUCGUGGGCUGGCAGUCCGAUAUCGACGUCCUUCUAAAGUAAAAUCCAUUGAACCUCAUUUACUUGGAUCCUCCAUGUUACUUGCGAGUGUAGUCCAGAUGGGCAGAGGAGUGAAAGAGAAGGAAGAGGGAGAGGAGGAACUAGAUGUCUCCCUGUGUUCCUGUUCUGAGUCAGAUGGAGAGGAAGGGAGUGAUGAAGAAGUGGCGAACAGAACUGGAGGAAUAAAAGAUGUAAGAUUUAGGCCUACAGCUCAGAUGCACUUAACCCAGGCAGUCAUUAUGGAAAACAUUACACCCCCCCGUCCCUUGCUCCGCCCUCCACGCUGUCUGAGACGAAACUCCUCCCACCUCCUUCCAGCAGUGUUUCCGAGCAGUGAAACGGGUUAUGGAGUUUAUGGUCAAUAUAAUCGACGAAGGUCAAGUCAAGGUCACUGGGCUUUAAAAAAAACGAUCCAGACUUCCACGACCAGCCCCAGUCUGGUUCAGCUGGCUUCAACAGGUCUGAGCUCUGAGCCUGGGGCUGCCCAAACAGAUGUGACCUCCACUGGGUCUACAAUCCACAAAAGCUGUUCUUCAACACUUGGGGGACCAGAGGGAACCAUAUACUAUGAUCCUUAUCUGGAUACAUGGGAGAACUUCCUGUCGAAAGCGAUAGCUAAGUCCGGCCUGCACCAUCUGCCCAGUCAGCCUAGUACAUCAUCUCUGAACAGGACAGAGCCAGAAGCAAAUAUCUGCAGUACUGUGGAUUGGACUGAGUCUGCUCUGUAUGGAGAUCAUAUCUGGUUUGAGACAAAUGUGUCUGGAGACUACUGUUAUGUGGGAGAACAACACUGUAUUGCCAGAGCACUGCAAAAGUCUGCCAGUCGAAGGAAGUGUGCUGCCUGUAAGAUAGUUGCCCACACCAUCUGUAUAGAACAACUGGAGAAGUUUCCCAGCACUAGAGCCAUUCUGUUGGAUGCCACCCUACCCCUCAAUGACCCCAACUUUAGAAUUAAUUUCAGGUGUAAACCCUCUUUCAGAGAAUCAGGCUCUAGGAACAUUCGAGAGCCUGUUGUGGUGCGUCAUCACUGGGUGCAUCGGAGACGGCAAGAAGGCAAAUGUAAACAAUGUGGGAAGGGUUUCCAGCAGAAGUUUGCUUUCCACAGUAAAGAGAUUGUGGCCAUCAGCUGCUCCUGGUGCAAACAGGCUUACCACAACAAGGUGUCCUGCUUCAUGCUGCAGCAAAUUGAGGAGGCUUGUCCAAUAGGAGCUCACGCUGCCCUUAUAGUUCCACCCACAUGGAUCAUUCGGGUUCGACGUCAUCAGUCAUCUAUGAAGUCGAGUAAGAAGAAGAAGAGAACAUCGUUCAAGAGGAAAAGCAGCAAGAAAGGAGCAGAGGAAGGACGACAGUGGAAGUCGUUUAUAAUCCGACCCAUCCCGUCACCAUUGAUGAAACCACUGCUGGUGUUUGUCAACCCUAGGAGUGGAGGAAACCAGGGCACCAAGAUCCUGCAGUCCUUCAUGUGGUAUCUGAACCCCAGACAGGUGUUUGACCUGAGCCAAGGAGGACCAAAGGAGGGCCUGGAGCUAUAUCGUAAAGUCCAUAACCUGAGGAUCCUGGCCUGUGGAGGAGAUGGCACUGUGGGCUGGAUCCUGUCUUGUCUUGAUGAACUGGCAUUAAACCCUCAACCUCCUGUUGCCGUGUUACCACUUGGAACAGGAAAUGACCUCGCCAGGACCCUCAACUGGGGAGGGGGCUAUACAGAUGAACCUCUGUCUAAGAUCCUGUCCCAUGUUGAGGAUGGAACUGUUGUCCAGUUAGACAGAUGGAAUCUACAGGUUGAACCAAACCAUAGUGCAGGGCCUGAACCAGAUGAACAACAAACUGAUAAGCUUCCUCUAGAUGUUUUCAACAAUUACUUCAGUCUUGGAUUUGAUGCCCAUGUGACUCUAGAGUUCCACGAGUCAAGAGAGGCCAACCCAGAGAAGUUUAACAGUCGUUUUAGGAAUAAGAUGUUCUAUGCUGGGACAGCAUUCUCAGAUUUCCUGAUGGGAAGCUCCAAAGACCUGUCUAAGCACAUCAAAGUGGUGUGUGACGGGACAGAUUUAACAUCAAAGGUUCAGGACUUGAAGCUACAGUGUCUGGUCUUCCUCAACAUCCCCAGGUACUGUGCAGGCACUACACCUUGGGGAAACCCCAGUGAACAUCAUGACUUUGAACCUCAACGCCAUGAUGAUGGAUACAUUGAGGUCAUUGGAUUCACUAUGACUUCACUGGCUACUCUACAGGUUGGAGGUCAUGGCGAGAGGUUGAACCAGUGCAGAGAAGUCACCCUCACCACUACAAAACCUCUUCCUGUACAGGUGGAUGGUGAACCAUGCAGACUUGCUCCCUCUGUCAUCAACAUCAGCCUUAGAAACCAGGCAAACAUGGUUCAGAAAACCAAACGAAGGACCUCACUACCACACCUCAAUGAUCAGCAGCCAGUCCCAGACAGGCUGAGGAUCAGGGUCAGCAGGAUCAGUAUGACUGACUAUGAGGCUCUGCACUAUGACAAGGACAAACUACGACAAGCAUCCAUUCCUCUGGGACUGAUCGUGGUUCAUGGUGACAGCGACUUGGAAACCUGCAGAGAACACAUCCAGCGUUUGCAGGAGGACUUCUGCUCUGUCCAUCCCUCCUUCAGAUGCUUGGGACUACAGGAGGAGGCAGCCAAGCCAAAGAUUCUUUCCUCACAGAGAUUAUCUCCAAAGUGGUGUUUCCUUGACUCUACAACAGCCGAUCGUUUCUACAGGAUAGACAGAGCACAGGAACAUCUCAACUAUGUGUCAGAAAUCUCCCAGGAAGAGAUCUUCAUCUUAGACCCUGAACUGGUUGUUAUGACGACGGUAGGCACCUCCCCCUCAGCGAUGCCUGACCUGGUUUACCCUGCCUCCAGCCUGGCAAACAGCAGGGAAAGCCCUUCUGCUCAGACCUCCAACCAAGUCUUUGUCUACCCUGUUGUUUCUUCUUCUCCUUCACCUUCAUCCUCAUCCUCUGUUCCCAGUUCUUCCCAGAGGCAGCGAUUGAACAGUGACAGCUCUGCUGCUGAAGCUUUAACAAUUUACACAACACCUGUGGCCAGCAAACUCAGCAGGGCGGGUUGCAUCCAUCGUUCCAACACAACUGCUGCUGAUUUUAAACCAAGACUGAGACAGGAAAAGAGCCAAAAGAUGAGUGAAACAGAGAGGGAGAGAGAAAAAGAGAUGUUGAUCGAGUGUGUGGAGAACAAGGAUGUGAAGAAGCUGCAGGAGCUGCACAUGAAGGGAGCGGACCUCACAACGCUGGACUUAUCAGGCUGCAGUUUACUGCACUAUGCUGUCAGUACAGGAAGCAAAGAGAUUGUCCGCUACAUCCUGGACAAUGCUCCAAGUGACCUCCUUGAUGUCACAGAAAAACUACAUGGGGAGACGGUUCUUCAUCGAGCUGCAUCUCUGUGUCACAGGACCAUCUGUCAUUAUCUUGUAGAAGCAGGAGCCUCACUGAUGAAAACAGAUCUACAGGGUGAUACUCCUAAGAACAGGGCUGAGAAGGCUCAUGAUGCUGAGCUGGCGGCCUAUCUGGAGAACAGACAGCAUUACCAGAUGAUACAGAGAGAGGACCAGGAAACAGCUGUCUAAAACUGUUGAACUCUUUAUGAACAGGACGUGGAUGAUGAAACUGCUGUUUUCUUCCUCAUCUUCAUGAGACUGUCAGCAGCUCAUUUAGGCCUGUGUGACAGGAUGACUGGUACACAGAUUCCAGUUUACUGCUGACAUGUGUCCUUCCUUGAAAGCACAGAGUGCAGACUGAGAGUGAAGCUGUGCCAAAUCUGAUCUCAAGAUGCAUUUAAUGAUUAUAAUGAUGAAAUUGAUGAUGGUAAUGACAGUUCCACUGAGGGUUGAAGCUUAUGUUAAUGAAGGUGAUGAUAUACAGUAAGAUUAAUAGAUUUAUUAAGUCAUUCCUUUUCAUUUUGAAUAGCUCAAUAAUAAAAAGUGUUAGUAAAGUCAAGAAAAUAGAAACAGCUUUUGGAUGAUCAGGAUCUUGUUUCGGACUUCAAAUAGCAAUUUGGAGAGUCGACUUGGACAGACUUGUUCUUCAAAACACUUUCAUAUCAAACUGAUUCAAAGGACUCAAAUGUCACUAAAAGUGAUCAUUUAUCAUAAAUUAGGGAUAUUGCAAAGUUUUGUGGGGUCAUAUUAUCUCACUCAGUAUCAGAAUGUUAAUGUCAUUGUUGAAAAAUACAUCCAUGGAGCAAAAAUCUGACUAAAACUGUAAAGAACACUUACAGUAGUCACAUUUAGAUGAUGCAAUGUGUAUUACACACCUUACCAAAAUGUAAGAUGUAAAGUUUUUCUUUGGGGUGAGAUUAUGAAACAUCUUGUAUAGACAGGGUUGACAUUUUGGACUGAAGAUGGCACUAGAUGAAAGUUCAUUGAAUGUCCAACAAGGAAAACCUCUGGGGAGAAAUUUUGGCCCAGUGGUGAAAGAAACAAAUGGAAAGGUCAGGGGAUCAAAACCAUUAGGAUUCACCUUCUUGGGACCAUGAAUAUCCAUAGCUAAUUUCAUGGAAAUCAGACCAUUAGCUUUUGAAAUAUCUUGUCAUGGACCAAAGUGUUAAAAAUUAAUGACAUGAUGGUGUUAUGGUCAGGGGAUCUUGAAAUCAUAAGUAUAUAUGGAUAUCACUAUCAGGUUUCAUGGCAAUCUAGUAGUUGUCAAGAGAUCUUGUUUGGACAGUGUUGGACAGACCAACCAAGCUACUACCAUCCAUGAGCCCUGAAUAGUGACUCCCCUGUUUGUUAGUUCAAAUGAAGCUCUGUGAUUAUUUCACUGACCAUAAAUGCCAUCAUCAGUUAUGUUGUGAACCUGCUGUAAUUCUCUAAAAGGUUUUGGUAGCCUCACCCAUACAACUUUAUCAAUAUAUUGUCUUGACUUAUAAACAUAUUCUUUUUCUUAUUCUUAGUCUUAUUCAUUUUCUGGUGCCUGUACUGUAGGAUUGAAUGUCUGAGGUGAGUUUCUGGACUGAGAUGACUUUACACACUUAAACUUUAAGCAUCCAAAAUGUUUCAGUCAUAUCAUUAGAUAAUGAUACAAGCAGUAUUUAAAUCAUUUGUUAGCAGGAGGAUAUAACAUGGAAGUUCACAUGAUCAUAUUGUGCUGUGGAUGUGCACAUUCAUGGCCAUUUUUAAAAGAUCAACUGACAAGAUCUUAACUCUAACCUUUCUUAACUUUCUUUCCUUUUUGUGACUGUGGGGGACGGGGGUUCAAUUAGAGUACAAUAAUGUCUAAUUAGAUCAAAUGGGUGUAUGUGUACUUUACAUUUAAAAAAGCAAGAAAAUUAAAUGUUCAUAUUUUAUUAAGACUGUUUUGUUAAAGUCAAGAAAAAUCGAGUCUCAAAUCAUGUAUGCUUAUUAUAUUUAGUUGUGCCAAAUUUUAAAGCUUGUUUAUAUUUAAAGAUAUAGUACACACAAAUCAUUACAGAGCUAAAUAGCAACACCCAAAUCCCAAAUUUUCUCUUAAUUCUGUGAUAACGUUUUGACACUGUAAUGUAAACAGUGUUGAGUUAAACAUCAACACUGAGCUAUGAGGAACAUUUAGAUUUUAGGGGCACUUUCAGACGCUACAGCGAAAUCAAACAUUAAGCUCAAACCUCCCUUUCAAUCUGUGUCUUCAUUUGAAACUUUAAAGCUGAAAGAGUUUUUUAAAGGCACAACAAAAGUGUAGCCCUAAUAGUCAGACUAACAAUAGACAAUGACUAAAUGUAAGUAAACACAGGUGUGUAGAUCACAGUACAUUUACAUACAUGUUAGUGUCCUGGUUAUGAUCGGGUUCUUGGAAUAUCCAGCUUAUGUGUUUACGGCUGUAAACAUCAUAUCCUGCUUUCAGAAACCUGAAUAAAUUAUGAUCUUCACUCUAAAGUGAAAGUGAAAGUAUGACACCAGUAACGGGAGGAUAACUUUUAUUGUCAUCCCCAUCUUCCGUUACUGCUGACCAGGCAAAUGAAUCAUCCUCAACUGCUCACAUAACUCAGUCUGUACAGAAAUGACAGAAUGGCUGAGAUGGUACACCUGUAUCUACCCAGUGUGCUGAAAAGUCUGGACACCAACUAAACAGAGACAAAUUUCUUCCAUCAUUUAUAAAUUACAGCAAGAAGCUAGAGACAAUAACAGUGGAAACAUGGGCUGCAACUAUGGAAUAAUACAAACGGAAAAACAUGAAAAGACCUCACUGUCAGAAACCUGGAUCCUGUUAGAAUCAUGUCUAUAUAGAGACAAAGAACCAGGUUUCUCAUGUUCAAUGUGAACAUCACAUCCUUAAUAUGAUCAAAGCCAGGAUAACACUCAGAACUGGGAUAUUAAUGCACAGGAAACCAGUCACCACUCAUUACCUGACAUGGUUUGUCAUGUGUAAAGAUGUUUCACAUACAAAGCCUAGUGCAGUAUCUUUACGCUUGAUUUUGUAAGUCUGCUGCAGCUUCGGCUCAUUCUUUAAUUCAGGAAAAAUGCAUGCAUUUUGCAGGUUUUGCUGUCUUUCUGCUUGUAAUGGCAAGUCACACAUUCUCUGGAAUUGAUAAUGAUAUUUUCUUUAAGAGAUACAUUUUUCAGAAAUGUCUUUUGCCACGCCCAAUGUCAGCUAGGAUUGGCUCCAGCAUGCGACCCUCUAAGGAUAAGUGGGUAUAGCUAAUAGAUGGAUGAAUGGAUGGAUGGUUUUUUGUUUGCAUUGUCACACGACCGGCAGCUAAUGUUUCAUGACAUAAAUGAUUUACACAGGUUUACCAAAGAGCUUUGAAAAUGGAUAAUGUCAUCACUGAACAAAAAAGUUAGUUCAUUCCUAGUGUAUGGUCAGUGUUUUGUCCAGAAUACACAGAAAUUCGAACUAGAAGCGAUCAGCUGGACUAUCUGAACUCUGUUCUGUAUUUGGAGCCAACUUCUAGAUUCUAAGCAAAAUGAAGAUCUGCAGAUGAUGAAAAGCAAAUAUUGUGCAGCAAGUGAACUAACCUCCAACCCAUUUUCAAUCAUAGUUGUGGAAAAAAGUUUCUGCACACCAGGAUUUUUGAGGGUUUAAUGAGUAAAUUAUUAGAAUAUACUCUGACUUUGAUUCAGCACAGCAGCUGCUGAAAUAAUUGGCAAACCAAAAAGACAAGUCUCAAACUAACUUCACUUCACAAAUUUUAUUUAGCCUGUAAAUUUUAGCAUUUGAAAUGUGUUGGUGUCUUCAGAUUAGCUUUGCAUUUACAAUAAACUCUUACAUGUAAUGCAUUACAGUCCUGUAUAGAAGGUUCUUUUCUUUUUUUAAAUUUACAUCUGUGGCCAAUCUAGGGUUUAUUCUCUUAUGUUCAUGACAUCAUUUUUUGGUAAACACAUUGGUGUGAAAUAGUUAGUUUUAAUUGGAAAUUUUGUUCUGUCUUUCUAUUCCUGCAUUUGAUUUGAUAUUUGUAUAAUUUGUUUUUGAGAUAAAUAUGAAGAUAAUAAAAAAGGCAGUAUAUUUGAGAACGA